CGCUUAACCACACUCAAAACACUUUUUUUUAUUUUUCAAAAUUUUGCUGAUAAGAGAAUGAAAACUUAUUAUGCUGUCUCCAUGCUGAAGAACUGCAGGAUUAAUUUUGUGGAAAGAGUGUUUUGAGUUAUGACAUGUAUGAGGGUAAUUCUGGGGUAACAACCUCGGCAACAUCACGGUCCAUUGUGUCGGUGUCGGAAAAUCAAGUAAGAAAGUCGCAUUUCCUUCAAAUAUAUUGAUCAAAAUUUUAAAAAAUGGGGUCAGCAUCAUGAAAAGAACAUUAUCCAAGGUUGUAGUCUUUUGCAGGUAAACUUCUUUUAUACAAAUGAUAAAACGGGGGUGCCAAAGUUGACAAACGCCUGCAUACAAUGUACUUGUAGUUGUAGGUUNGGGCAGAGUUAUGGGCUUUUAAUUUACCCCCAGAACUGCAGGGUUUGUUGUCCGCCCCACUUUUGGGAAGGCAGCUGAUGAAGAACCCCACAGUUCUGGGGGUACUUUAGUCAGGAUCUAGUCUACUAAAUGUUUCGAAGGUUUAAACUAAACAUGCAUCUUUCCAGUUACAUCAUCAAUAUCUGCAUCUUUCCCUCUGUGUCAUCCUUAAGAAGCAAAUUAGUCCAGAACAAAAAGAGCUGCAACAUGUAAUGCACACACAAACAGAGCUUUUCUUUUCAUUUUCAGUCCAGGAGCCUGCCUCCUGUCAAUUUUGAAUAAUUAUUUUAACUUUGUUGGGGUUGCUAGUGUGUUGGAAUAACAUAUUACAUUACAGUGUGCCCUGCCUUGAAACACACUGUACAGGCACCAUUAAUUUGACACACUUCACAAAAGUCCUUUGCGACAGUAGUGUGAUGUGAAAAUUACUCCAGUUUGUUGCAACACCGGCUAUUGGAGGCUUCAGACUUCCCCAAAGUCAAUUUGACUAACUUCCUCAACUUCUUUGAAAAAAAUUUUUUCAUGAAAAUAAGCAUUCAGAUUUGGACCCCCAAACCACUUUUUGAUUCAAAACUAAUAAGAGACAAUGUCUUGUCCUACAAAAUGCUCCGCAGUCAUCAAGUCUGGCACUAUCUGGCAGGAAACUCUUAUCCUGGUGUAAAACUCGCAAAUGAAAAUUUGCAGAAAUUAAACUCUCAUGUCAAAACUGAAGGAAAAGUGAGAACAAUGCAUCACGUUUAAAAACACAGAAUCGCUACCUCCUUGGCAAAACUCUGUCUGAGUCUAAAUCACUUCAGACAAUAUUGUCCUCAAAUUGGGCGUACAUGUAAGUCUUUAUAUAAUUUAAAGAACAUGUUUUUCUCCUAACUUUGGUGGGGUUUUGUAAGUAUUCGGGGGCUCACAUGUGCUGUCCUGAUAAUGCUGAACAUUCCAGAUUUUGUUAACUUGGUUGUUAGAGCAGAUAUAGCUGAAAGGUUUUUCUGGUGGUGUACUAAGCGACUUUGCAAUCAACAUGAGCAUCCAGCAAGAACCACAAAUAUUGAUGGGAAAUACCACCUCCUUACCUGGAAUUCAGCUUUCUGAAUGAGAAACAACUUGAAGUUGGCAGCCAAAAUGAAGCCAAACGCUCUAUCAUUAUCAUUGUGGAUUCUUUGUCUCAUUCUCUGUAAUGCUUCAACAGUGACAAAACCGACUCCAGACGCAGGAUCCAAAAGUGUUAAUGAGGCCAAGGUGACAUUAGCACUCGAUGGGUUGACAACGGUUGAUGCAGGGGUCACCACAGAGUUGCCGCCAACAUCAAAAUCUUCCACAGAUUCUACUAGGUCUGUUACAACUGUAAGUCCGGUGUUGCCACUACGGACCACAACUGAGCCCACAAAAAAACCCACAGUGAGUCCGAAGAAACCGGACCCUUCUGUGUCGCCAACAACUCUCAAGGUAACCACUUCUUCCAAGCAAAAGAUCAGCCAGCAGUCAGCAACACAUGCCACGCAGUCACCAACAAGGACACCGACUAGUCCACCAGAUACCGCGGCCCCUGAAAAGAGGGAUGAAGUAAAUUCAGCAACUGCAGAGGCCCAAGUCACUACCACCCUCACCCCAACUCCACCUGUCCAGACACGGGCAUCAGUUCUGACAACGAGAUGGACCACGAAAGCAACAACUUCACAACCAAAGAUUCCAACUCCAAAACAAAAGCCAGUCACGACGCCAAAGAAACUCAACGAACCGGCCGUACGCAAAACUGCCGCAGCUCCUGUCAAAUCAGUGGUCACCACUAGGGCUCCAUUAAGUGACCACCAGGCUGUUCCGACUGAUGGGAAGAAGCCAGAGGGAACCGAUAAGGGCCAUAAAGAUCAUGGGGAUCACCUAGCAUCGACGGCCAAACCAGGCUCAGGUACACAUAAGAAUGACACAGGAGCACCCAACAAUUCUAACAACUCCAUGUUUUCAAAGUUGCUGCUGCCAGUUGUUCUCGGCAUUGUCGCGGCAGUUCUCAUCAUUUGCUUUGCUUACAGCAUCCGUGCCUGUAAGAAGAAGGACAGGGUUAGAGGCCACAUGAAGCUGAUGAAUAAUGGAAAGGAUCAUGAAAUGGGAGGCAACUUGGACCGGAUGAAGCUUUUGGCGGACAGCUCCGAGGAUGAGUUCUAGCAAUAGUGUAGCAUGAUUGCUUAGUACAGGGCUCCAUCUAUGCAGUGAACUUACAACGAUUGCCUUAGGGGGUGGCUGUGAUAUGUUUUGGAUGAUUUGUAGCAAACAAGGUAUGUUUUGUUGAACAUGUGCUGUUGGGUCACACAAGUUGCAGACACGUUGUACUUAAUUCACGUAUGUUGGUUAUGUGUGGGCUCCAAAUAUUAUUGUCCACAGCAAUAAAAAUUCAAUGAAAAUGGAAACGGAGUAGCUGUUAUUGAAGAAUGUUUGAGUGCUAUAUCUGCAGUGGGCUUAGAAUGAGUAGGUUCCUGCAGGUGUGUUUGUGCACCUUGUGUGCUCAGUGCAUAGAGGCGUGAGUAAACGAGUUUCUUGCUUGGACCAGUAUCUUGUCCUUCCUCUGCUCUCUGAGUCAGUGUGAGUCCAUGUGAUGCACAGGUCGGAGUAGUAUUUUAGACUCGCGUAACCUCACGUUCGAGCAGAAUACGCAUGUAAUGCCCUCAGAAAAGAAGCACGGUGCUGCAAAUUUUGCUCGGAAAUGUCUGGACCGUCAAUAAUGAAAAGAGGACCCUGUGCGCUCGCGCUGUUGACAUUUGAGGUUCAGCUGAUGCAAAAAUGGCCAAAGUGGUUGCAUGCAAUCCCACUGGAUUGGAAGGUACCGUGAAAAAUAAAAACAUCUCGUGUUACAUGUCAUGUACUUCAUAGCCUCACAGAUACACCCAUAUCCCAAACUGUCAGGAGCCCUUGGUUACUCCGUGAAAGGGAAGAAGCUGUACCUGCCGAGAAAAUCAUUGGUUGUACUUUGAUUAAAGCCAUUGUGAUUCAAAAUCAUAAAAUUGUACACUUGGAGUUUGAGAAUAAGGGUUUGGAAUUGUCCUCAUAAACUGACUGACAAUUGUAAGUGUACAAGAUUUUUAACUGUGACUGAGAAGGAGAGUUACUCAACAAAUCAGCAUACUUUAUUGCAGUGACAAUAACUUGGGUUUUAACCAGAGGUUGUAGGUUUUAGUCUGGUUCCGGUCAGUAGUCUUGCUCUACUGGUGCCAACAAUUCAGUGUCAGUAGUUAUUAUGAAAUGGGACUUAUUCUGAUUACUCAUUGUGUAGUUGCUCUGUUCAGUCAUAGAGGAAGAAGCUACAGCUCUGAAGUGGAUCACUCUAAACAUCCUUCAUAUUGCAAGGACACUUAUUUGUAUAUUUAACUUGAUUGAUUGAAGCCUGAAAUAUAAACAGGUAUCCAUGGAAUCAUUUUUCGAUGUGGUGUUUUCAUUGAUAAAAGGUUAUGUACUUUUGCUAUGUUGAAAAUUACUUGCUUUGUAAUUUUGUAUUUCAUAUUUUUUGUCGUUUUAAGCUAUUGUCAUGAAGUCACAAAAAUGACUUUGGGUGGUUAAAUUUUUAAAGAGGAAUUCUAAAAAUACUGUUUGGAGGAAAUAAUGUUGCUAUGGUUAUUAUGUUUUCGCUGAAAUUGAAGUGAUAAACAACUGUCAUUUUGAUUUCAAAAGAAAGGACUUCGAACUCAGCAUGGUACACGUAGUUUUUAAUCAUGUUGUCUAGCACUUCUGUGAGUUGUUGUAAAUCUCCCAGAUCUGUUAAAAUUCAUAUAUUUUAAUUUUGUAAUCCCCGGUAUGAACACAUUUUAAAUGUAUUUUUUGUCAAAACCAAAAAAGCUGUCAGUUGUAAAUAUAUUACGGUGUCAUAUGAGUUUAAAUUGUCAUGUGCACGUCAAUAUCCUAAUGAAACACGCUGGAAUAUGGCGGUAUUCAUUAUAAAAAUACCCAAUAUCGACCAUAGCAUACUCCUGGGCUCAAUUUCAUGGAGUUGCGUAACAGCCGAAAAGGCGUACUUACGACAGCAGAAAAGUUUUGUUAACCUUAACCACUGUUUCCUGGCAUUCGUGGUUGUGUUUAUGGUUGUCCUCGCAUAGAAAUUUCCAUUGUUUAGUCAAAAUGUUAAGACUUUUUCCUCCAAGAUAAGUGCGCUUUUUGCCGUGCUUACAGCUCAGGGUCUCCAUGAAAUACCGUGCACAGAGCCUCAGUGUAAAAUCGUGUGCUUAGCGGCACCCUAAAAUAUAGGCAAUUCACAAUAGUGUGUCUCCAAGACUUCGCAACGUGUUGGCCAAUCACAGCGCGCAAAAUCUGUUGACCCUUUCCAAAUGCGCACUGGGUCGACAGAUGUCGCGCAUCGUGAUUGGCAAACACACUGCAAGCUCUUGGAGGAUCACUAUUGUGAAUUGCGCGUAUUGGGCCCUGGUGACCUUUGACAAAUUGAAUUUUGGCUGUUGAGCAUGGUUAAAUGUACAUGUACCACUACAAGCACAUGACGUCACAGUGUGCUGACUGCCAUGCAAAUGAGAAAUGGACGUGUCUUGGUCUAAUUAAGAAUCAGGUGUCUUGUGCAAUCAGGUAUUGGUAGUAUACAAAGAAUAGCUGUUGCCAUGGAGAUGAUGUCCAUAGCAGACAUGGCCUAUGUAAGCUUUCUUUAUCAGUUGCAGACUAUGAACAGGUACAAAACCAUAAGUCUGGAGUGUGCUAUAAAUCCGUACACACCUGGUCUUGAAAAAUCAAUCGAUACUAAAAGUAUCAAUUGAAAGUACAGCAACAAGAAUCUUAAAAAAAUGGCAGUGAGGGGUUUUUAGAUGACAGGAGACAAGAUAAAUUAUUUUUUGCACGUUUUAUGAUCUUAAUUGAACAAGUAGAUCUUUCUGAAGUUGGCAAAACAGGGAUGACCCUACCAGUAAAGAAGCAGCACAUUGUUAUCAAAAUGAUUGUGACGACACAUGUGGAUAAAAGUAGCUCUUCUAUUUCCAGGGGAUAGUUCAAUCUUACAUUGGUUCUGGGGAAAGUAUUCACCUUGUACUGGUAUGUCUUUAUCACAUACGAUCAGUUUGAAUGUAUUGUUGUAUUCGGAAGUGUACAGUUGAUGUAAUGAUGAAGGGGAAGUGGUUUACUCUUGUCAAGAAGUUUGUUAACAUACUUUCUGGUGUUGGUGUCCACCCUCUGGUUUGAGAACAUCAAAAUAGUUUUCUCUGUUAAGCUCAAGGUCUUCCUUUUAUGUGAUUUUUUGAAGUUGUACAUAAAAACCAUGUACAUAGUAAAUUUAGAAAGUUAUCACAGGUUAAGAAGUUACAUUGAUGUACUUUUUCCUCUUGAGGUACUAUGGUACUGUUCAUUACAUGUCAUUUGUUGACUGACUUCGCUACUCACAGAGAAAGUUUAUUUUAAGGUAUGAACGAACAGAUAUUCAGUGGUUUUUUGACAUUUGACAUCACUAUCCAUUGACUUUGGGCUGUGUCAGAAUGACUUGACUGUGGUUGGAGAUCACAAAGGUCGAUGGGAAAUGGACAAAGCCACUAGCUGAUGGCUUCCAUGGGGGCAUGUGUAAUUUUUUAGCCAUAGCUGUGUGCUUUGGAUGCAGCCCUUACACGUUGACUCAUUCUGGAGUUGUCCAGAUCUCUGCGAGUUUCAUGCUGCUUCACGUGAGCAGCCAAGUGUUCAGAGAUACUGCACUCCUGCAGCAUGCCCCCAAACAAAAACUGACAUUGCUCCUGGCUAGUUUGUACACCCAGUUUGUUGUUUUCAAAGUUCAAACAGGAAACAAUGAAGAGUUGUCGAGCAACUGUUUUAGCAGUGGAGUUAGACAUCAAUCAGCUUGUACUCUUAAGAUUGUGCUUUUUCCAGCCAGGGAAAGCAGAUUGGAGAUGUUUUGCUUUAUGAGUAUUUCCUUGUUUGUAAUGGAAUGGACCGUGCAGUACAUUUUGUAAGACUCUGUUCAAGUGUGCUGACCUUGCCUAAUACCAAUACAUGUACAUAAAUGUAUCAGUGUGAUUCAUGGCCUCAAUACUUAAAAUGGGGAAGAGGGAAGGGAGGGGCUUGACAACUCAGGUGGGCGGGAUGUUUAUAGGUCUGUGCAUGUCAGACCUGUUUCCAUGACAAGAGUGUUUAAGUCAUGCAGAAAAAUGUUCCAAUUCCGAGUUGUCAAUACUCUUGAAUUCUUAUUCCUAGAGCAACGAGCCAAGACAAAAAUUUAACUGAAAAACUUAAGGAUUUGAAGUUACGUGUACCAUUUCAUGAGUGAGCUUUGUUUUUUUUUUUAGAAAAGCAAGGUCACACACUCAAUUUAAUUCAAUUUCAAUUGAAUUCUCUGGUGCAACACAUAAAGAUAUAUAAAUGGUUGGGUGGCUCAGUUGCUUUUCCACGUUCCUAUUUUUAAUGUUGGUUUCAGUUUUUUCCUGUAUCAGUCCGCAUAAAUACAUACAUACAUGUUAAUCAGAUUUACCUAAUUUAUUAUUUUAUGAUUGUCAGCGGAUCAUUGUGCAAUCGUUUAGGCAGUAACAACCUUGUUGGUGACGUUUCAAACAUUCCCUCCAUGUAGAAGAAUACAUGUACUUUUAUUUCAUACACAGAUUGCAUUGUAUAUUAAAGAUCCUGACAUUUUUAUCGAGUCUUUAGGCACAAUAAGACUUACAUGUACAUGUAUAUUAUUUUAAUUUGCUAGUGCUAGAGUUCAGACCUGUUCUGAGUCAUCGAGUACAAAACCAAGAUGUGAUUGUUAUGCAGUGGGAAUCAAGCUUGAGAACUGAGACAGGGGUGACUGAGUAUUCUAAAUGAGUAGGACUUUGGGUAUUGGGACUCACACCUGACACAGGUAUGCAAGACAUGACCCUAAAGGUUCACAAUGCAGCUCCAAAUUACAUAAUCUUGCAAGUCUGAGUUUCAGAGAUUGUCUGGUUUGGCAAGGGUCAUUCCUUCUGACAGGUACAACCAUUUGUUUAAAUGAACUUGAUGACUUUGGAAAGGGGCUUAUAGCAACACUGAAAUUUAAAAUGCUUUUGUAUUUAAAAUUCUGUUUUCAUAGUACUAUUAGUAACAACCUUGAAUGUUUUAUUGCUAAAAAUUUAUGCAUGAAAAUAUUGACCCUGUCCCAUUUUUUCUGCAUUCACAUUCUCGUAUUAAAACAGCAAGGCGGUAUAUGAACUUCUGCCAUUCACACA